GCCCACCUGAUGAAUGGAUGGGGAUGAUUUUUGCACAAGGUGAGCCUCAUGAUUGGACAAUAAACCUAUUGGAAGAAUUCAAUGUUUUACAACAUAAUAGAUUGGAACUAAUUUGCCGGAUGGACCAUAAAUUACAGUUCAACUAGUUCAACUUGGCACCCUCUCAUCUGUAUAUCCACCGUCACCCAUCAAUACAUGUAAAAUUAGAGGCUGAGAGGAUGGCGUCUGAAUACAAAGGUAAGAACUCAUGGCCUGAGCUGGUUGGGGUUGACGGUCAGGCUGCAGCGACAAAGAUCGAGAGAGAGAGUUGUCACGUCAAUGCUAUUAUCUUGCUCGAUGGAACGCUUGUAACCUUCGAUUUCAGGUGUGAUAGGGUUCGGGUAUGGGUGGACCACAAGGGAAAGGUGAUCAGGGAACCUCAGAUCGGAUAGAAAAGGCACAUUUGUAACCUGUAAUGUGUAUACACACGUAUGCAUGCUUGCACAUGUGUGAACAUGCAUUUGGUAUUCUACGUGCAUGAGUUGUUUCAUGGUAUGAUAAUAAAAUUAAGUGAUAUUCAUAAAGGA